CACUGGAGUCUCCAAACACCCUGUACUUUUGUCUGUCCUGUCUCUGGCUCCUGGGCCAGCAAUUUCUCAUUGGAACUCAGAAAGAUCCAGAAAUCUGGACAAGGGGAAAGCCUCUGGGGUCCAAGGCUUCCAGCCCCAGGAGGCCCAAGUGGAGAGUACUAGUUGCUUGGUCUACACUCCACGUGGAAACAGAGGUACCUAGAGCCCUGGAUUUGAGAAGACCAGAGCCCAGCAGAGGAGAAGGGACUGCGCUGCCAGAACCCAGCCUGCAUGGACAAGGGCCGGGCUGCCAAGGUAUGCCAUCAUGCCGACUGCCAGCAGCUGCAUCGCCAGGGGCCCCUCAACCUGUGUGAGGCCUGUGACAGCAAGUUCCACAGCGCUAUGCAUUAUGAUGGGCACGUUCGCUUUGACCUGCCCCCACAAGGUUCUGUUCUGGCCCGGAAUGUUUCCACCCGAUCCUGUCCCCCACGCACCAGCCCUGCUGCAGACCUGGAGGAGGAGGAGGAGAGCUGUGUGGAUGGAAGAGGGGACCAGAAGAGCACUGGCCUAAAGAUCUCCAAGAAGAAAGCAAGAAGGAGACACACGGAUGACCCAAGCAAGGAGUGUUUCACCUUGAAAUUUGACCUCAACGUGGACAUUGAAACAGAAAUUGUGCCAGCCAUGAAGAAGAAGUCACUGGGGGAGGUGUUGCUGCCUGUGUUUGAAAGGAAGGGCAUUGCGUUGGGUAAAGUGGAUAUCUACCUGGACCAAUCCAACACGCCCCUGUCCCUCACAUUUGAGGCCUACAGGUUUGGGGGACACUACCUAAGGGUCAAAGCCAAGCCGGGAGACGAGGGCAAAGUGGAACAGGGAGUGAAGGACUCCAAGUCCCUCAGUCUGCCAAUCCUGAGGCCCACUGGGGCUGGGCCCCCUGUUUCGGAGCGUGUGGACCCUCAGAGCCGCCGAGAGCAUAGUCUGGACAUCUUGGCCCCUGGCCGCCGUCGCAAGAACAUGUCUGAGUUCCUGGGGGAGACGAGCAUCCCCGGGCAGGAGCCCUCCGCGCCUUCCAGCUGUUCUCUGCCUGUCGGCAGCAGUGGAGGCACCAGCAUCGGCACCAACGAGAGCUGGAAGAACCGGGCAGCUAGUCGCUUCAGCGGUUUCUUCAGCUCCAGCCCCAGCACUAGCGCCUUGGGUCGGGAAGUGGACAAGAUGGAGCAGCUGGAGGGCAAGCUCCAUGCUUACAGCCUCUUCGGGCUACCCCGGAUGCCACGGAGGCUGCGCUUUGACCAUGACUCCUGGGAGGAGGAGGAAGAGGAUGAGGAUGAGGAUGAAGACAAUGCAAGCCUGAGGCUGGAGGACAGCUGGAGGGAGCUCAUUGAUGGGCAUGAGAAGCUGACCCGGCGGCAGUACCACCAGCAGGAGGCAGUGUGGGAACUUCUGCACACAGAGGUCUCCUACAUCCGGAAGCUGCGAGUGAUCACCAACCUGUUCCUGUGCUGUCUUCUCAACCUGCAAGAGUCGGGGCUCCUGUGUGAGGUGGAGGCUGACCGCUUGUUCGGCAACAUCCCUGAGAUCGCGCGGCUGCACCGGGGACUGUGGAGCAGCGUGAUGGUGCCGGUGCUGGAGAAGGCGCGGCGCACACGGGCGCUGCUGCAGCCUGGGGACUUUCUCAAAGGCUUCAAGAUGUUCGGCUCACUCUUCAAGCCAUACAUCCGGUACUGUAUGGAGGAGGAGGGCUGCAUGGAGUACAUGCGUGGCCUGCUGCGUGACAACGACCUAUUCCGCACCUAUGUCACGUGGGCUGAGAAGCACCAGCAGUGUCAGAGGCUGAGGCUGAGUGACAUGCUGGCCAAGCCCCAUCAGCGGCUCACCAAAUACCCGCUGCUGCUCAAGUCCGUGCUGAGGAAGACUGAUGAGCCCCGCGCCAAGGAAGCAGUGAUCACCAUGAUCAGCUCUGUGGAAUGCUUCAUCCACCACGUGAACACGUGCAUGCGGCAGCGCCAGGAGCGCCAGCGGCUGGCGGGGGUGGUGAGCCGGAUCGAUGCCUACGAAGUUGUGGAAGGCAGCAAUGAUGAGGUGGAUAAGCUCUUGAAGGAAUUUUUACAUCUGGACCUGACAGCACCCAUGCCUGGCGCCUCCCCUGAAGAGACUCGGCAGCUGCUGCUGGAAGGGAGCCUGAGGAUGAAGGAGGGGAGAGACAGCAAGAUGGACGUGUACUGCUUCCUGUUCACCGAUCUACUGUUGGUGACUAAGGCCGUGAAGAAGGCAGAGAGAACCAAGGUCAUCAGGCCACCACUGCUGGUGGAUAAGAUUGUGUGCCGGGAGCUUCGGGACCCUGGCUCCUUCGUCCUCAUCUACCUGAAUGAAUUCCACAGUGCUGUGGGUGCCUACACAUUCCAGGCCAGCAGCCAGGCCUUAUGCCGAAGCUGGGUGGACACUAUUUACAAUGCCCAGAACCAGCUGCAGCAGUUGCGUGCACAGCUGUGUGCACAGGAGCAUCCAGGCAACCAGCACCUGCAGAGCCUGGAAGAGGAGGAAGAUGAGCAUGAGGAGGGUGAGGAGAGCAGUGCCUCAGCUGCCAGCUCCCCCACCAUCCUGCGAAAGAGCAGCAACAGCCUCAGUUCCCAGCACUGUGCCUCAGAUGGCUCCACCGAGACCCUGGCCAUGGUUGUGGUAGAGCCUGGGGAGACACUGUCUUCUCCAGAGUUUGGCCGAGGUCCCUUCAGCUCCCAGUCGGACGAGACCUCUCUUAGCACCACCGCUUCAUCCGUCACUCCCACUAGUGAGCUGCUGCCCCUGGGCCCAGUGGACGGCCGCUCCUGCUCCAUGGACUCUGCCUAUGGCACCCUGUCCCCCACUUCUCUGCAAGACUUUGGGGCACCAGCCCCUGUGGUCGAGCUUGUGCCCCAGCCCCUGGAGUUAGCGCAGACCCCCUCGCCCCCGUCCUCACCCCGCCUCCGCCGCCGCCGCACUCCUGUCCAGCUGCUCCCUCGUCUGCCCCGCCUGCUCAAGUCCAAAUCCGAGGCCAGCCUCCUGCAGCUGCUGUCGGGAACUGCCACCCGGGUAGUGCCCCCAGCUCCUAGCCGCAGCCUGUCAGAACUAUGCCUGAUCACUAUGGCCUCUGGGGUUAGGACUCGGAGCUCCCUUCCGGAAGGUGGCCCUGGCUGGAAUUGCCCAGGGGCCUGUGGCCCUAGCCAUGGCUCUGAAUUGUCAGAACCUGAGAACAGAGCCAGCCACUCCACUAGGGGACCUACAGAUUCUGCCAGAAGGAAAGACGUCCCUUCUGGGGCUGCUCCCAGGGUGCAGCCUGAGCCGCCACCGGGGAUCUCUGCUCAGCAUAGGAAGCUGACCCUGGCCCAGCUCUAUCGGAUCAGGACCACCCUGCUGCUUAACUCCACGCUCACUGCCUCAGAGGUCUGAGCGGAAGGAGACCCCAAGGGUGACACUGACUAAGGGACAGCAGAGAGCGUGCCGCCUGGGGGAUGUGGCACCUGCUUCACAGCUGCCUCGUGUGCGUGUGCCAGAGUGCCAGGCAGAAUGGUACCCAUCACCCCGUGGUCAGUUUGCACUUUGCCGGACUGGAUGGAAUGGAGAAGGGUUCCACAGAGUUCCGGGCCCUGGCUGCCAUGCUCCACCCCCUCCCCAGGCAGCCCCUUUCCCUCUGCUCUUGACAUGGCUGGUCCUCCGGGCUAGGUUCCCAGACUGCCCUCCCCGCCACCCUCAUUUGGACUCAUGCUGGCCUCUGAGGCUUGGCCUGGGCUCUGUCAAGCUGCGUAUUUAUUGAGUCUGGAUCUUUUAUAAAGACUUGUCUAUACUGUU